AUGUCAGGGGACAGGAUUGUUGAGGGCUGGAACUACACAAGUAUCACCACACAGAAUUUAUGCUGCAGAUGGACCAUCAGUGAAUUCCAUUUAUUCCUGGAGGAAAUGCAGGGAUGCAUUACAAGUCCAACAUUUUCAACAGGAGGCAAUGGCAAAUGGUGUUUGAGGUUAUACAAUAAUGGGGUUGGCGAGGAAAGCACAGAUUACUUGUCAGUUUUUAUAGUGUUGCUCAGGAGUCUAAAGACUCAUAUCUGGGCAAAGUUCCAGCUGUGGAUCGUAAGCACUGAAGGGAAGAAAGUCCUGGGAAUGGGGACCCGAAGAGCCUGUAAGUUCCUGCCAGACUAUGAAUGCGGAUUCAAAAGGUUCAUACUUCGAGAUUUCAUUAAAGACCAUAUGCAUUGGCUCCUACCUGAAAACAAGAUCACCAUCUUCUGCAAAGUGACCCUGUUCCAAGACCAGAACAGGGAGCCAGGGAUCCAGGUUCCAAGGUGUACGAUGACAGAUGAGCUAGGGGAGCUGUGGGAGAAUUCCCUCUUCACAGACUGCCUCCUGGUCGUAGCUGGCCAGGAAUUCCGGGCUCACAAGGCCAUCUUAGCAGCUCGCUCUCCAGUUUUCAGAGCCAUGUUUGAACAUGACAUGGAGGAGAGCAGAACAAACCAUGUUGAUAUACACGAUCUGGAGCCGGGAGCCUUCAAGGCAAUGAUGGGCUUCAUUUAUACCGGGAAAGCACCAGACCUCCACAAUAUGGCAGAUUCUGUGCUUGCAGCUGCGGACAAGUAUGGCCUGGAGCGUUUGAAGGUCAUUUGUGAGCAUGCCCUCUGCAAGGAACUCACUGUGGAGAAUGCUGCCCACACUCUCUUCCUGGCUGACCUUCACAGUGCACGGCAGCUGAAAACCCAGGCACUGAAUUUCAUAAGAGCUCAUGCUUCUGAAGUUUCUGAGACCUCUGGCUGGAAGACAAUGGUGGGUUCAUAUCCUCACUUGGUGGCUGAAGCAUGCCCUAGCAUGGCUUUUACCAAUGCUCCUGUCCUAGAACCUCCUCUCAAACGCCUGAAGACAUCCUAG